AUGCAAUUCGCAUUGCCUCCGCGAAGGAACCCACAUGCCCUGCCAGGCGCCCGCUCUUCUCGAUUACCACUAUAUCGCAGAAAACAGCUGAAGACACUCGUUUUGAUUGUCUUCUCUGUGCUCUCGCUCCUCUACCUCCUUACUCACCUCUCCUCGAGCUCGUCUUCUGUUGCGGCGCCGGCUGGUACGGCAGGUGUGGUCAUUGUGACAUUGUUGGAUCGUGAACAUUUCAGCGAGAGCUACAUCAAUAAGAUUAUCUCCAAUCGCGAAGAUUAUGCAAAGCGACAUGGCUACACGAACUUCUUCGCAAGCCAAUCCGACUAUGAUGAAGCAGUCGGUGACCAACCCAAAAGCUGGGCUUUGAUUCCAGCCGUCCGCCACGCAGUGGCUACCUAUCCUCACGCUGCAUACUUCUUCUACUUGAGCCCGCACUCCCUCAUCAUGAACCCGACCAAAUCCCUCAAAUCACACCUCCUGGACAGAAGCAAGCUUGAAGCGACUAUUCUUAAGGAUAUACCUAUCGUUCCACCCGAUAGUAUCAUCAGGACAUUCUCGCACUUGAAGGAACAGGAUAUCGACUUCAUCACUACACAAGAUAGCGAAGAUCUUAGUCCCAGUAGCUUCGUGCUGAAGAAUGGGGAUUUUGCGCGCUAUUUCCUGGACUUGUGGUUUGAUCCGCUGUUUCGCAGUUAUAACUUUGCAAAGGCGGAGAUUCAUGGAUUGGAUCAUAUCAUGCAAUGGCAUCCGACUGUACUGGCUCGGACGGCUCUUGUUCCUCAGCGUGUGCUGAAUGCGUACAGCAAAGACUCGACUAGUGCUGGUCCCGACGGUACCUAUAAUGAUGGCGACUUUAUUAUUCGAUUCCCGGGAUGUGAUAAGGCCCAAGCGAAUGACUGUCCUGAAAUGGAGUCUUAUUACAUGCUGUGGCAGAAGAAGAUCAAGAGUGGCUAA